AUGGAUGAAACGAGUAUAUCACCUACGCCGGAGAGCGCACUCGCAUAUUACAAGAGCCAGUACGAACAAUUAGAGCAAGACUUGGCAGAAUUUCAAUCGAGUAGCCAACAACUAGAAGCAGAGUUGGAAAAAGACGUGGAGGCUGCCGAAAAAAGAGAACGCGCUUUGCAGGAAAAAGCCGAAAGUUUGAGUUUCGAGGUAGAUGAGUGGAAGUCGAAAUACAAGCAAUCUAAGACGGAGGCCAGCGCUGCACAAAGUGCUCUCCAAAAAGAAGUAACUACAUUGCGCGAUACAAAUCGGAAUUUACAACUUAAACUUUGUGAUAUCGAAGUUCAAAACGAUGACAUCGAAAAACGUGCGAGAAAUACCACUUCAUCCCUCGAAGACCUGGAGUAUAAAUACAAUACGGCUAUCGAAAGAGCCGUAAUUACGGAGGAGGAGAUUAAAAUUGGUGAACGAGAAAGAGAAGACUUAAGGAUCGAAAAUCAAAGACUUCGGGAUGAGCUUUCAGACCUCAAGAUAGAAGUAGAAAUAAUGCAGGACAAACUUCGAAAACGACAAUUACCAGUUAUUUCUACAAAAACCUCACCGCCUGAUAAUCAACCGUCUCUGGACUCCCUAGCUUGCUCAAAAUUGAUCGCCACUCCCUUAGAGUCAAAAUCAGCGAUCACGGCGAGAACUGGAGAUGAAACUCCACCUUCACCACCAAUUUCUGACGCCUCGGGCUCGGUCUCAAGAAUACUUAAAACGCCUCUUAAUACACCGAAAACUAGGCUGAAGUUACCAUCAGGAAAUUCCAGUACAACCCCAAAACCUUCUAUGAGGUAUACAUCAUCAGGCUUCCGCUCUUCUCGGGGCCCGGCAUCAUCAGCCAGCUCUUUCCGCACGAGGAAUGCGACACCCUCAGUCAUUCGACAAACCAAAGUUAAAGCACCAGCCACAAGAGGUCUCCCAAACUCAAAUUCUCUUUCUCACAUCCGGUCACUUACUGCACAGAUGCAAAGACUUGAACAACGUGUUCAAUCUGCGCGAUCAAAACUUCCUGCGCCUGUGAGAACGCCUCCUUGCUCAUCUCCCCGCAGUCAAUUUUCUUCAAGCAUAUCUGUUCCUUCGAAUGUAACUAUAAGAAGCAAAAAAAGAAUUAGUGGUAGUAAUGCAAGUUGCUCCACGGCACUCUCGUUGGACAAAGAACAGUCACAGUCGAAACAUACUCCAAGAUUAUCGACUACAGGAAUAAGCCGCCUUUCGUUUGGGCCUUUGACAGCACGAGACAGUGAUAGCAGGCCUAACAGUCGAGCAAGCAGCAGCUUUACUCGUCAGGAUCGACCUCUAAGUCGAUCUGAAAUGUGUGGUCCCGCAAGUCGGACUUCGUUCUCUGGAGCGCGAACGUCACUAGGGCAUUAUUCUCAUAGCCAGUUAUCAGAACCUUGCAGGUUUCGUUCGAGUCUCGGUAGUAACUUCACCUCCUCGCCCCAUAAUCAUGGGUACUCCCAGAGUAUUUCUUAUCUUAAUUUUGAAGACACUCUUGGUAUUGAUUGUGAUACUCCGACACGCAGGAGCACCAAUGGGAGGAGCGAUGAUGGGCUCGUCGCCUUGGCUGCACAAACCAACAAACAACGUGGGUCACUAAUCCCACAAAGCCGAAGAACGAGUACUGGGAAUGUUUCCGAGACUGGAGCAAGAAUCAAAUCCCGCCCUCGGAAGUUGAGUGAUCUUGGUGAAGCACAAUGA